GUGCCAUCCAUUACGGGCAAUGUUCUUGCAUUAAACAUAGGCUGUGGUGCAAAUGGCCCUCAAAAAGGAGACUGCGAGUAUAAUAAACUCUUGGUCCGACAGACCCGCGUUCUGUGCUGUCUGUCGGUGUAAGUUAUGAAGGUUCCCCAUUCUCUUUGCCCAUAAUCAAGAUGGCGGUGCAGGAGUCAUAGCAAGUUAUGAUCAUAUAGAGUGAUUUGUAUACCUUGCGGUACCGGUGACCAGGUGGCUACUCCUCCACACAUUAUAUGUCAUUAUCGAGAUGGCUUCCCGGGAUGUCCUCUCAGACACCACUAAACUGGCUUCCUCUACAAUGGUCCUGCAGGUACCUGCUGCUAAUGUGUCCAUGGACUCAGUGUAUAUUACACAUUCAUUCACUGCUCACAGUGUCCCUCAUUGAUGUGGUUACAUCAUUGACACGUGGGGGAUCUCUCUCUCUAUUCAUUUGUGGGUGAUUGCACUUUAUAUUGUCUCUAAAUGAAGAAACUGCAUAGCUCCCAAGUGUCUCUAUUUAGGAGGGACCCAAAUACCUGUGUCCAUCGUUUAUAUCCUAAUGUCCCUCAUUUCUAAGAGCCCCAUAUUGCUCAAUAACGUGUCCUGCUUUGUCUAUGGGAGUUAUAGUGCAUAUCAUUAUUUUAGUACCACCGAAGCAAAAGUCCCAUUAUCGUAGCAUGUUUUGAAAGUACUAACUACGCGUUUUUAAUUGAUGGAUCAGCUAUCUUUUAUUUUAUAGGUGUCCGUCUUUGUUUCCUAGUUUAAUUUAACCCAUGAUCCUAACUCUUCUCUGUAAACAAUACUUAUUUAGGUAAUCAUUAUAAUUAUUAUUAUAGGGACAUUAUAGUCAACAGAACAACUACAGUAGUUGUUUUGGUAUGUAUAGUCUGUCCCUGUAGGCUUUUUAAAGGGACACUAUAGUCACCCAGACCACUUCAGCUCAAUGAAGUGGUCUGGGUGCCAGGUCCCCCAGGUUUUAACACUUCAGAUGCAAACAUAGCAGUUUCAGAGAAACUGCUAUGUUUACAUCUGAAGGGUUAAUCAAGCCUCCAGGGGCUGUCUUCCGGACAGCCGCUAGAGGUGCUUCUGCGACGCUGGAUGCGGAAAUCGCAUUCAGAACGUCCAUAGGAAAGCAUUGAGAAAUGCUAUCCUAUGGACUGUUCGAAUGCACGCGCGGCUCUUGCCGCGCAUCCGCAUUCCGCUACACUCGAGAGCUGACGUCGGCAGGGGAGGAGAGGUCACCAAUGCCAAGGGAGCCUGGCGCUGGAUUAAAGUAACUGAAGGGGGUUUUAACCCCUUCAGCGCCAAGGGAUUGGAACCCUGAGGGUGGGGGACGUAAGGAUGAUAUAGUGUCAGGAAAGGAAGUUUGUUUUCCUGACACUAUAGUGAUCCUUUAAUGUAAACACUGCCUUUUCAGAGAAAACACAGUGUUUACAUUUCUGCUUAGGAACACCCUUAGUGGCAGUCACUCAGACUCUGGAGGGCCACUAGAGGUGCUUCCUGGGUCAGUGCUGCACAGUGCGCAACAUUGAUGUUCAGCAUCUCCAUGCUAUGCAUGUAUUCGCUGCUGAACGUUCCUCAUAGAGAUGCAUUGAUUCAAUGCAUCUCUAUAAGGAGAUGGUGACUGGCGAUUUGCCGCACAUGCACAAUAGCCACCCAAUGCUUUCCUAAAAUUGGCUAAGUUUGUCAAUUUUGAUGAUCUCAACCAAGGAGUCAAAAUGUGUCAGAGUCCGCCAAGACAAGUCCCGUGUGGCGCUGGGCAUAAGGUGUGAAAAAUCUCCUUUUACCGUUCUAAAAAUGAUUUUACAGAUAUAGUGUCAGGAAUACAUGUUUGUAUUCCUGACAUUGUAGUGUUCCUUUAAUUGUUGUAAAUUUUAUGUUGUCUGCACAUCAUACUGUCCAGAUGCCUAGCAAAUGUAUGAUUAUCUGCAACCAGGAACUCACCCUACAUUUAAUAUAAACCCAGCGCUGUCAGAGCCUGUCCUGAUAAUCUGCAGUAGAUUUUAAUUAUGAUUUAUUCUCUCUGUUUUGUUUUUGCAGGUUCUCUUCCGUCUACUAACCUUCGGUUUAAAUGCUUUCACAUUGCGUUACGUCUCAAAAGAAAUUAUUGGCAUUGUUAAUGUUAGGUAAAUAUAGUCACUGCGUGAUCUGACCGUGGCCAAUUAUUUUGUGUAACUUUCUUUUUUAACACUGACUGUAAAUUUUGCAUCUGUUAUGUGUCACAAUGGAUCAACAAUCAUCCAAAAUAUAUGGUUCUGUGGAAUUACUUGGUAUUGAAUUAAAUCCAUAAGCAGACAUCUCUGGUAUGUAUCUUUUAUUGUUUUACUGUGCAACCCCUCCCUGUAAUCAGUGUAAGAAUUUCAUUUAUUAUACUGAGUGCACUUUAAGAAUUACUCUAAGCAUCAUACACACAACAGCAUGCUGCAGUGGUUAUGAUGCUAUGAGCAAACAGUUUUACAAUAAAUGGCAGCUGAAUGAUAUUAUUGCUGUGUACUCUCAGCCAGGGAAUGAGCUCCUGUGCAUGAAAUAAUAAAAGCUGCUUUGAGUCACACCUCCUAUAGCUAGAUAGUAUUUGCAGCAUUUUAUACAAUAUAGCAUGCUUACACCAUGACCAGUUCAAAAAACACUAACAUGGUCAUGGUGCUUGGAGUAACCAUUUAAUAUAUGCUGUCUGGCUAUUAGAUAUAAUUACAGAGUUUGGCUUCUGUUGACUCGUUUUAUUAAUGCCUUUUAAAAAAAUUUAAAUCUACUGCCAAGUCAGACCUGUAUAUCACCUAAACAUCUGCAUGCGGGUUUAUUGGAUGUUCCAGCAUCUCCAAUGAGAAUGAUGGUAGAACCAGGAUUGAUUAAGACGACGACCUCCUGAUUUCUGGGGAGGACACAUAUUUAUAGGUUUACAGAUUUAUUAGGGAAAUUCAGGAAGAGUCGACUGCUCGUCAUUUUAAUCCCCUAUUCUGUGUGACGUUGUUCAUGACGUGUAUGCUUUAGAUGGCUUGCUUUGCAAGAUUAAAAGUAGCGCCCUAUUAAGCUAUGUACACAUGCACCUCUACUUGAAUCCCAUUUCUCUACUAAAAAACAACUGGCACAAACCAAAAUUAUUACUGUCACAUUAAAUAGUGCAACACAGAUUUUGUGUCAAAACACGGGUUUUUGUGUCAAAAGUGUUUUUUAAUAAAUUGCGUAGAACAAUGCAGUAUUGCAGUGGAAAAAUGCAGAACACAAACAUUCCUGCCUUUUAAUAGUAAUAUGACCAUUUGUGCCAACCUGUUGUGUGCUAAUAUUUGUCACUGUGUUUUAUAAUGUUUUUUUUUUUCUCUUAUUAACGUAUGUGUUAUUAGAAUAUGCAUAUCUUCUUUUAUUAACUGUUUAGUCCAUCUCCCCUAGUUUUGGUCUUUUGAUUUCUGUAUAUUGUUUUUGUACUUGUGUGUUAAUGUGGAAAUUUAGGUCCAGUUUGACUUCGUGGAAGGUACAAUUUGUUCCCACACCCUUCUUCUUAAAUCACUGCUUUCCAUAUUGUCUUCAAUUACAUUACUUUGAAUAGCCGUUGUACUCCAAGCAUCCUGUUACAUAUUUUAAUUAAGUUUAAAACAUAAUGUUACUGAGGCUGCUAUUUAUCAGUCAUGUGGCAGCUUGUCAAAAAGAAACGGAUGUCUUUUAUAAAAAAAAAAAGUUUAAUGCUUUAAUUCUGAGUUUUGAUUAUCUUUCAGGCUAACCCUGCUUUAUACCACAGUGGUAUUUCUUGCCCGAGAAGCUUUCCGUAGAGCUUGCCUCAGUCACUCGUCACAGCAAAGUUGGCGACACACAGUUCAUCUCACCUGGCUGGCGUAAGAAUUGUAAAUUCAUAAGUGAAAAUAAUUAGAGUAUAUAAAAAGAAAAUUACAACGGCUAAUCUUUAUGGUGCUGUAAGACUGCACAUACUAUUUUUUAAAUUUUUUUUAUUUAUUUUACAACAGGCAAGAGCAUAUCAAAGCAUCACAAAUGUAACAUGCACUUGCGUCCAGUUUUUUAAAGGGUUACUCCAAUUAUGCGCUCUGAGCUGGGGAAAGGAGGGAAUCUAAAAAUAAUUAAAUAUAUUUAUAACAAUAUUAUAAUAAUAUAAAAAUAUGUAUAUGUAAAUGUGGGGAGGGAGCGCACGGAGGUAAGGAAGAAAAAGGCUUACCCUGCCUUUAAAAUGAUUAUUUAAUGUAAUUCUACAAACGUUUCUUCCCUGCAUAAGGUUUAGAAUAACCCUUUAAGGGCCAUCAUAACAAUACGUUUUUAAGGAUCCUAUUCCAAAAUGGAAAGUUUUACAUAUAUAAUGAUUGUAGGGCUUUACUGAGUUACCAGUGUCAAAUAAGGAGGAUAGCCCAUGUUGUGAUAAUGACAUGGAAUUCCAAAAUUGGUUAACAUUUUUCAUGUUAUGCUCGGUUUUCUUUUAAAUAUAUAUUAAAGUAUUUCAUUGACAUCACAGUUAGGUUCAGUCCUAACACAGCAAUGUUCCCCUUUAAUGUAUUAAGUAAUAGUAGCAAAGAUCUAUAUUGGUUAACAGUCAGAUUUACUUAUUUGAUUUAAUAAUUUAGUGUAAUUUCUCUGAAAUGUUUUAGGGUUCCUCUGGGAAUUGGUUGGUUUUUAGUCUUGGGUUGGAUUUGGCUGCAUGUCCUGGAGAUUCCAAAACCAGAGGUUAUCCCACAUUACACCACAGGAGUUUUGGCAUUUGGACUUUCUGCAGUAAUAGAGCUUCUAUCAGAACCAUUCUGGGUCCUUGCUCAGGCACAUCUCUUUAUCCGGCUUAAGGUUGGUGUUGAAAUUUGUUCUAUGGUACAUCCUAUAUAUGUUUAAAUCACUGGAAAAAAAAAGAUGGUAAUCAGUGUAGCUUAUCAAAUUCAGUUAAAGGAACACUAUAGUCACCAAAGCAACUUUAGCUUUUUGAAGCAGUUUUGAUGUAUAGAUCAUUUCUAGUAUAGUGCUGUAAAGCUGCAUCCCACAAUUCUGUCUAUACUAUUUCCUCCCUGCUCAGCCCUCCCCAGGCAGUACUAAAACGUCACAUAAAACAGUUACACCUAGUGAAAAAGACUUGUAGCUCGCGUGUCAAACUGAUUAAAGGGGCACUAUUAGGCACUAAAUCAGCUUUAGCUUAAUUAAGCAGUUUGGGUGUAUAGCUCAUGCCCUACAGUCUCACUGCUCAAUUCUCUACCAUUUUGGAGUGUAAAAAAUGUUGUUUACGCAUAUUGCCCACAAUCUGAAACCUGGAUGAGACGCAUAUUGCCCACAAUCUGAAUGUAGACAGACAUCUGACGCAACAUUUAAUGCACUUCGUGGAGGGGAUGGGAGGUGUUUCCCCUACUCCCUUUUUCCCCCUCAUAAGGGUCAGAUGGUCAAAAAUGCUAAACUUGGGAUAGUAAUACUGGGACCACGGGAACAAUUUUUAAUUCUUAAGCUAUACAGCAUUUUGCCCAUCAGUCAGAGAUGUUAAGCAUUUGUUAAGAAUUUAUAUUAUAAAUAGAAAUUGUUCACUAGCGUUGUGCAUUGGAAGGGGAACAAGAGAAUGUUACAGUGCAGGACUUGUUUUUUUUUUUUUGUAUUUGUAUUCACUUUUUGUAUUACACAACUAUGCUACAAUGCUGCCGCCAAUCCCAGGUGUUGCCUAUUAAGUGUUAACCAGUAUAUAGGGGUGUAUAUAAAAAAUACCCAUCUCUGUCUCAUUAGAGAAAUCUUUGCCAGAAGCUCAAAGAAGCAAGGUGACAGGUCAGUGAAGAACCCACUUGAGAGGUUUGCCUUGACCUGGCAGGCGGGCAUUUCCUCUGAAUGUGGGGCAUAGUGGUAGUUGUAUAUCUGCAAUAUUGGCUAAAAUCACUCACAUCUUCUAUCCACGGUCAUAAUGCGACCUCCAAGUGUUUGUAGCUCUUCAUGGGAAUUGUAUAAUCCUUGUCUGAGGGUGGAUGAUAAAGGUUAGAUGGAGAAAAGAUGUCUGGUGCACAUGCUCUUCAGAUGAAAAGGAUGGGGCAACACAUAUGCCAUCUUAGUAUCAGUCCUACUUGGACCUCUGGCCAUAUCAUUCCCAAUAUCUGUGUCCCACAGCUGGUGAAGUUGUAAAACAGGUAACGCCUGCAACUUCUUAGAUCAUAUCUAUAUAGUGAUAGGUAUAAGACUGGAUAUUAAAAUGGCUAAAUAAAUCAAUGUGUCUGAGGGCUUCUCAUGUGUUACCUGUGGAUAGAAGGACCUGUUAAUCUGUUAGGCUAAGGUAUCCAGGUGAGGCAUCCAGUCACCACAUCUUCAACUGCAUCUGCCCUUCAUGUAAGAUCUGUUGCUUCUUCUCAAACGUGUCAAGUCAGUUGUCUAGGCCAGCUUUAUUUUGUUUCACCAUAGAGAGGGCCAAUUUCAUUGUGUGUCUCCACCUUCAUAGAAAGUGUUUGCACCGUGUCUUUGUGAAUGCAUGGUAAAAUAGAGAGUAAUGGAUAAGGCAGCAACCACAAAGGGAAUCCCUCAAAGUACCCUGAAAACAAAGAAAAAAGGCUAUUGGAUAUAUUGCACUAUUUUGGUUCUAUCUUUUGUCUUUGCAUAUUAAUGGAUCCUUCCAGGGAAGGCCCACGUGGACACUAUCCCUGACCAAGCACGUUACAGACCAUUUGACCUAAAGAAAGAACUGUCAAGUUAAGACUUUUUAUUGGGAUAUACUAUUGUUAUCCUAUUAUAUUCAUUUUGUGUGGCGCAGCCUUUUUUCAUUGUUUUCUCUCCUUUUGUGAAUGCAUGGCCCAAGGUAAGGAAGAAAAUCAAAAGGCUUCAGCCUGAUUGCAUUUAUGGCAAUUAUGAUGAUGUGGUAGCUCUUAAUAAUAAUAUACUAAUAACAAUAAUAUCAAAAGUAUUUUAUCAAUAGGACCAUAGUUACUUAUCCUGAGAUACUGAUUCUCUUAUUAACCAACAAAAUGGUGCACAUUUUAGAUACCUUGAAGCAGAGCUGUACUACUAGCCAGGCCAUAAAAGAUACUUGCAACUGCAAGCCUGGAGGAUCCAUGGUACAUUCACCAUGGGUGAAAUUUCUACUCAGUCGGGGCUACAUUUUCACUCGCCAAGGCUAGUGGCUAGAAGAUAUUUUGAAUCCUUCCUUGAAGGAUAAAAAACUAAGCUGAGCUUGCCAGGCAUCAAUCUUUGGACACUGCAAUAUAUAGGGCAUGUUUGUGCCCAGCACUCUGAUUGGUCCCCACUGUGUCACUGCAGUCCAUCACCAGGUACUCUCACUGUUUUACAUGUUUUGUAAUGCUUGUUUUUCAACAAACCAAUAUUUACUUGUCCCUGCACUCAAUCUUGUCUAGUUUUUUGGUAUACUUGGGAAUAGUUAUUCAUCACUUUAUCCAGUAUCUGGUUGAUGAUUGGCCAAUAUAAUUAAAGGGACACUAUAGUCACUAAAACAACUUUAGCUUAAUGAAGCAGUUUUGAUGUAUAGAUCAUGCCCCUUCAGUCUCACUGCUCAAUUCUCUUCCAUUUAGGAGUUAAAUCACAUUGUUUAUGAACCCUAGUCACACCUCCCUGCAUGUGACUUGCACAGCCUUACUAAACACUUCCUGCAAAUAGUCAUCUACAGUUUAUCCUUCCUUUAUUGCAAGUUCUGUAUAAUUUAGAUUUUCUUAUCCCCUGCUAUGUUAAUAGCUUGCUAGACCCUGCAAGAGCCUCUUGUAUGUGAUUUAAAGUUCAAUUUACAGAGAAAGAGAUUCAAUCAGAUGUAAUUUACCUUAAACAAUUGUAAGUGAAACCAGUUUUUUUUUUCAUGCAAGUUGUGUCAGUCAGAGCCAGGGGAGGUGUGACAAGGGCUGCAUAAACAGAAACAAAGUUAAUUAACUCAUAAAUGACAGUAAAAUGAGACUUGAAACCUGAGAAGUAUGAUCUACACACACAAACUGCUUCGUGCAGCUAAAGUUGUUUAGGUGACUAUAGUGUUCCUUUAAAAAAAAUCAGGCUGCUUGGCAUGUAGCUGUAAUGUUCCAGUUUGCUCUGGUCACUCCUGGAGGUCCCUGAUGGCACAGAGAAGGGACGGACUUAUUAGAAGCUUCAGGUCUGGACCCAAAUCAGGUACCAGGCAGCCUGUUCCUGUUACAUAGUUGGUGAUAAUGUACCAUAUAAAGCAAGUUAAUUUUGUUAUGCUCUUGUAUCAAAUUAAUUCAAAGCACUAGACAAUCUACCAAUGAUUAUUAUUAUUACUACAUUUAUAUAGCGUCAACAAAUUCUGUUGUGCUUUACAAUGGUUGGACUAACAAACAUCCAAUUUUAACCAGACAAGUUUGACGCACAGAAACAGAGGGGUUGAUAGCCCUGCUCAAUUAGCUUACCUGCUAGAGGGUACUGGUACUGAUACUGAUGUAAAUAUAUGUAUCUCACAGACAUUAGAGACAUAGCUGGCAUGACGUCCUGUAAAAGGCCAACUCCAGACUCUUACAAAUGUCAGCUUACAGAAAUGCAAAGUGAUAUUUCUUAAAACCCAAGUGUGAUAUUCUUUGCUGUAUUAUUAACCUAAUAACAAUUGCCAUAAUGUUUCAACCAUUCUACUGGUACCACGGGUUGACGAAUUCUCAUAGUCGCGCUACAAAUGUAAUGCAAAUAUAAUACAAGGAAAUUUAAUUAAGAUACAGUAAAUAUGCAAUUUUUAGUAAAUCUGUCUUUCAAUUUUGAAUUUAAAUGACAUUUAAUUUAAAUUAUACCAUGUAAAUGUACAGUUAAAUUAAUGAGAAUUCGAAAAUUUAAUGAUCUUUCUUUUUAAUCUAUUUAUGUUUUCUGUGUAUGUCUUAUUUCUAGGUUGUUACUGAAAGCCUUGCAAUAAUUAUCCGUUGCUCCAUCACAGUAAUAUUGGUUCUUUUCUGUCCCCACUGGGGAUUGAUCAUUUUCUCACUGGCCCAGGUAAAUUUGGAGAAUAUUUAAAGAAUUUGUCAUGUUAGACAUCCUUCUAAAUAAUAUUGUUGACAAAUUGACUCAUACAGAGAGUUCACAUAGGUGAUAUUACUGUGAAUAGAUUACCUGGAUAGAACACAUCACCUCUGGUUAUCAGUUUUGAAUGAGUGCAAGGUAUACAAAAAUAAAACAAAUCUGUACAAAUCAGUUUAUUACAAGUCAGAUAUUUAAUAUUUCUUACACAGAAAAAGGGAAUUAGGGCACACUCAGAAUAUACAUAAGUAGUGGUUCUGCCGUAAAGACCGAAAUAUAUACAAAAUACAGAUUAGGGGACAGCGCACACAGAAGAAAAAAAUACAGUUUUACAUUCUACAAGGCUGCUUAAAAUCACCUAUCUUAGCAAACAAAUAUAGGGGUUCAGUUACACCAUAUGGUCAUAUUGUAUUAAGCACGUCACUGUACCCCAAUAUCGGUGGGUCUUACACUAAUUCUAACAUGGUAGAUUUACAUGCUAACUGCAAUAUUUACUGCCGAAACUGCUUCUAGAGUCUCUCCACAAUUUAUGCUUUCCUGUGGUCGCCUCCAAAAGGGCACCUAUAGAAGAUGGGUGGGGUUCUCAGCUCAAUAGGAAUAUGGCCUGGAUGACAAAUCUUACACCGAAAAGAAGGGAAUUGGGCACAUGUCCAUAUCUAAUUAGUGGUGCUGUUAUAAAAACCAAAAUAUAUAACGAAUAUGGGGAUUCAGUUUUACCAUGUGGUUGUAUCAUGUUAAGCCCACCACUGUGUCACUGUACCACAUUGUCGGUGGGUCCUACACUAAUUUCAACAUAAGAGAUUAAUUAAUGGAAAAUUAGUGUCGGAUACACCGAUAUUGGGGUAAGCCUGUAACGUAGUAUUGGCCAUAUGGUGGCACUGAAUAUUUGUUUGAGCUGCACUGACCAAGUACAAGUCUGUCACGUGACGCAAAAGCUCAUAGCAAAGCAAUAAUUCCUCUACGAGGAGCAGUGAAUUGGACCAUGCCAGUGGACACCAUCAAAGGAGUUACCCCUUUGUAAUACUCACCCCAGUAAUGGCAGUAGCUGUUAUGGGUGAGAAAACAAGAAACUGCCCCUUACAGAGAGAAUUGACAAUUCUGCUUAAUCUUUUUCCUUCUAACUGAUCCUUUUCUUAUCCACCCCUGUGUUUUAUCUGCCACAGAUCAUAUAUACAAGCAUUCUUGCUCUGUGUUACAUUCUUUAUUUUGCACGAUUCCUGGACUCCCCAGAAGCAAAGAAAAAAUCUUUCCCUUUUACGAAGAUGAGGGAUUUCUUUCCUCAGUAUUCAGCAUAUCAGGUACCUGUACUCCAAGAAACAGCAUCUGCGCGUGUGUGUUUUUAUUUUUUUGUAAUUCAAAAUAGCAAAUUAAUGAAACUUAUUUAUAAUGCCAUGUGUCAAAAGAAAAGUAUUCUAAAUGUCCACGACAGCAUUAAUAAUUAAGACUCCAUAUAAGUGCGUCCAUACACAGUAAUCAACUAACCCAAUUGAAUACCAAAUAUCUAAAUUUGUGUCCUUUGUUACACUCUGACUGACCUCUUGUAUUUAGACCUGGCACGCUUAAAAGACCACUAUAGUGCCAGGAAAUCAUACUCGUUUUCCUGGCUCUAUGGGGUCCUUGGGUCCCCUCACCCUCUGGACCCCCACCCCCUGCCGGGCUCUAGGGGGAGGAAGGAGUUAAUCCCUUACCUUUUUUCCAGGCUCGGGCUCCCUCGGCGCUAGGGACUCUCCUCCUCCUUUCCUGUCAUCGGCUGAAUGCGCAUGCACGGCAAUGAGACAGCCACUAGAGGCUGGAUUAACCCAUAUGUAAACAAAAAGUGUUUACAGCAGAAAGGGUUAAUCCUAGAGGGACCUGGCACCCACACCGCUUUAUUAAAGGACCACUCUAGGCACCCAGACCACUUCAGCUUAAUGAAGUGGUCUGGGUGCCAGGUCCAGCUAGGGUUAACCCAUUUUUUUAUAAACAUAGCAGUUUCAGAGAAACUGCUAUGUUUAUAAUCCUCUAGUGGCUGUCUCAUUGACAGCCACUAGAGGCGCUUGCUCACUGUGAUUUUCACAGUGAGAGCACGCAAGCGCCCAUAGAAAGCAUUGUAAAUGCUUUAUGACGGGCUGAAUGCGCGCGCAGCCUUGCCGCGCUGCGCAUUCAGCCCAGGAGGAGGAACGGAGGAGAGAAGGAGGAGAGCUCUCCGCCCAGCGCUGGAAAAAGGUUAGUUUUUACCCCUUUCCCCUUCCAGAGCCGGGCGGGAGGGGGUCCCUGAGGGUGGGGGCACCCUCAGGGCACUAUAGUGCCAGGAAAACGAGUAUGUUUUCCUGGCACUAUAGUGGUCCUUUAAGCUGAAGUGGUCUGGGUGCCUAUAGUAGUCCUUUAAAUCCCUGGUCUCUUUCUCAGAAAGAUGUAUUGGGCUGUGUGUACUUACAAGCUGUGCAAAUGGAAUCACAGGUAAUUUGUUGCAAAUUCUAGGCAGUUCUUUUAGAUCAGGCAUUUGAUACAAAUAUAACAUUUAUACAUAUAUUGCUGUUAGAUUCUAUCUUUAGCAGAUAUAUUUUUUUUUUCCUUCAUGGAUGUGGGAUGACAGUGCCAAUAUAAGAUAAAGGUAUUUAUUGUGUGAAUUACAAUUAAGGUAUUUUUCUGAAUGUUUUAUGUUUAUUUUGUAACGUUUAAGUGUGGAAACAGUGCAUGAUAUCUCUGAAAGUUCAAUUGAUGGAAUUAAUUUACCAAAUAUGUAAAUAUUGCAUUCAUAUACAGCCUCAUGCUAUAUAACUAAUUUUCAGUAUUCCAUGCUGAAUAACCUUUGGUCUAUAAUGUAUCUUAAAUAAAAAAUUAUCUUUAGAUAGACAGAUUUUUCAUCCAAAAUAAUUUUUUGGUUUUAAAUUAAAUCAAAAACAUCUGAUUUUAAAUUAAAAGGAAUAAAAAAUUUUUUUGUUUUUUUUUAAAAAAUUCUAUUAUUUGUUUAAAAAAAAUCAUCAAUUCUUAUCCAACAUGAUAUGAACUAGGCCCCAUGUGAGGGAAUAUUGUCUGUAGGGGGAUCUGGAGCAUGUGACCAUAUCUCUCCAAUAUAUGAAUCUCAGUAAGAGAUGGUGGAUCUGUUUUCUUCCAGUAUGUUGGUAUCCAGGAUUUCCCUGCAAGUAGAAACUGGGUCAAUAAGGAUGACUUCUGUUUCUUGACAAGGCAAUUAUGGGGAAAUCAGUAAUUAGCUUUAUAUGUUGGACUACAGAACUAACAUUUUAUUGGAAUUUAUUUUUUAUAACCGACUAAUGGGUCAGUUGGUAUAUCUUGGACUACGAUCAGAGAAAUCAGCAGCUAAGUCUGUUUGCCAAUCUCUAAUAACAAGAAAGGUUCAGGCACACAGCCGCUGGUAUCCUGCAAUUAUGUUUUGGUGUCUAGUGAGAGCAAAAUGAAUUAAUGUAUGUUUGUUUAUUAACCAAAAAAAAAAAAAUACCAGCAGUUGUGUGUCUGAACUUUUCUUGUGACUCCUGAAUUAUUGGACACUUGCCAACUCUGGUUUGAAUGAGCACCAACCAAGACCAUGGAGGAUAGAGUUCAGUCCAUAUCUUUGCUGAUUGUGAUUAAUGUUUGACAAUUUCUAUUCACAAUGGGACUUGAGAUGGAAACCAGUCUGAGUAAAAUGUUAUAUAUUAUGGAGACCAGAUACCAUUUUAAAUGAGAUGCUGCCUAUUUGGUGGCUUAUGAAAUAGUGGGAUAAAUGAUGUUGCUAGAAGGUAUGUAGAAAAAUUAAAAAUCCCUCAGGGGCUAUUUAAGUCCUUUUUAAGGUUUUUAGCUUUAGUUUCAUCUGGAGUCAAUGUCUUCUCCAUUCACACCUCUUUACUGAACCAUGUAUAAAGUCAGAGCACUCCUGCAAUGGUCGAACAGUGCUACACACCAGGAUUUGAAGCAGACACAUGUUAAUAGAUCUCUCUUAUAGUAAGACUGAAAUGUUUUACUUAUCUUACAGGACUUCCUAGAUUGGAAACAGGCAUGGCUGGCACUGAGCUUUUUCAAGCAGUCUUUCCUUAAGCAGAUACUGACAGAAGGUAACUAUCGCUCCAGGAAAAUUCUGGGCACCUCAACAUUAAGUUCAUUUGACGGAUUUUGACUUUGAGUUUAUGCUGCAUUUUCUCCAUAUUUAAAUCUCUUUUUUUCUCGGAAAUAAAUAAAGAUUGCAUAUUUAAUCCUGCCCUCUUCCCGUUUUAUAAAACAUCUUCAUGAUUGCAAGUAUCCGGGGCAUGUACUCAGCUCAGCCUAUGAGAAAUCCGUGAGAGCUGGGCUCCUGACGAGACUGUCCCCCAGCCACUCACUGUAUUUGCAUUAUCAGCCACCUUUCUGCUUAGCGUGAUUUUAAAAUUCUAUAUAGUUAAUAAGAGGAUAUAGAUUGGCUGUGGGGUGUAGUCUAGUCAGCAAAUCAGCUAACAAUGGUCUCAUUACUACAGUAUGUACCAUCCAGAAAGGAAGAUGUUUUGUGAAAAGAAGAUGCAUGGCUCAGAGGAAAGGGUUCUUACAGGAAGUAUAUUUUAUAUAUAUAAUAUAUUUUUUUUUUUUUUUUUUUAAUGUGGAUUAAAACAAAGUGUUCCCAGUGUGAACAAGCUCCUGCACAUAGUUUUUAUUAGACAAGGAAGUGUAACACAUAAAUAAAUGAACUCUUUCACAUCCCAAAACUGAGUAGGAAAUAUUAAAUUGUUACGCAGGAAAUUCAGGUCUGUACAGGUCUAUCUGUAGCUAUACAUUAGCCCUCCCUGCCCAAGCCCUAUAGGCAGAUAGUUAGUAGUAUUUUAAUGUCUUCCAAUAUUGAUUCUUAAAAACAAACCUUUCCUGCAUUACAUAUAUGCAUGCCAUUUUGCAUGCAUAUAACAUGUAUAGAAUUUCAUUAGCCUGAAUCUGCACGUUUGUACUUCGAAGUAGAAUAAUGUUCAGCCAUGACGAAAUGCCUGCAGUUAUUGUCUUCAUAAAUUUAGGCUAAGGCAAGAUAAGCCAUUAGAUGGAUUCUCCAGCCAUAGAAAAUUUAGAACUAAUUUAAAGCUUUUCUUUCCUGUGGGUGGCUGAGCUUUUUGAGAGCUGUAGUUACAUGACAGCAGAUGACUGUUUGUCUCCCCUGGCUAUAAAACUUUAAGAACUAAUUUCCAUUCUGAGAGUUCGUAUGAUGCCUACAUCAUUAAAUUGUUAAGAUGGUGUGGUGCUGGGUUCUGCAUAUGAGCAGCUCGAUAUCUGUAAACAAAGUAGCAACCCUUUCAAUUAGCUUUCUUUGUCUGUCCAUCAAAGAAAUUGUGAUAAAUUCUGGAAGCCAAUUGUAAUCGUCAAGAAAUACCUACAAUCACAUCCAUUAUACAGGGAAUGGAAAAAAAACAGAGCAAGGCAGCAAUUAAAUGGCAACCAAGAAUGUCAGGAAUCAUUGUUCAUGGAUAUAUUUGAUCUAUUAAGCUUUUUUUUUCUUCUUCCUAAAUUGUGCAGGUGAACGUUAUGUAAUGACUUUUCUGAAUGUGCUGUCAUUUGGAGAUCAGGGUAAGUAAAGGCCAUUUAUAAAAGACCAAUCAUUUUGGAAUGUAUUAGCUGUAUUGUUAUCAUAGUGACACUGAUGAUGAUAAUAAUGAUAAUCAUGAUUUUAUUUUUUAGUUUUCCGAUGUUUAAAAGUAGUUGGCCAUCAGCUGUAUUUUAACCACUUAUGGACCAUUUACUUGCUCAUUGUCUACAUCUGGUUCUUAAGAGUUAAACAUUGUCCGACACCAACAGGCUUAUUUACUAAAGUGACGAUUGAAAUUGAACCCAAAUUGAAUUUCAAAUUCAAAAUAAAAACUGACAAACUUGAAACAUUUUACAAGUUAGCUAGGCUUCCAUUUUUGGCUAAUUUGGCCUUGAAAUUCACUUUGAAUUCACACUUUAGUGAAAAACUGUACAAGAUCCAACUGUGCUAUGAUCUUAGCCUGGCACAAGAUAAUGGCAAGUGAAAUCUAAUAAUGGCUACAAGGGCAGCAAAUAGAAAGCUUAUGCUUACAGAAUGUAACAAUGUAUAAAACGGAACCAGCGCUUAUGUGUUUAAAUAGCAAUAUACCACUUUGUGAAUAGAUUUAGUUAGCUGCUGAACAUUCAAGUGAUUCCUUACAAUAUCACAAAUACAGGAUAAGAACAAAAUACGAAUGUAGCUCUUAUGUGAAAUACGUACUAAUCACCUUUUUAGCUGUUUGGAGAAGAUUCACCCUAACAAGCCAAACAUAUGGAUGCCUAUAAAAAAAAACAGACAUAGUGUACAUCAUAUAUGGUAAAAUAAUAUAUAUUAAUUCCAGUAUAUGUACACUCACAAACAGAGAGCUAUAGACCCAGCUCUGGUUUGGAUCGUUUCUGGGUCCAUACAGGUGACCCACCCCUAUUCCCAAUAUGGUUCUUGUUCUAUAGGGAAAAAUAGAGGCACAACCGAUUGCACAGUAUUGCUGGAAAAGAUCCAUAUUGGGAAUAGGGGUGGGUCACCUGUAUGGACCCAGAAACGAUCCAAACCAGAGCUGGGUCUAUAGCUCUCUGAUUGUGAGUGUACAUAUACUGGAAUUAAUAUAUAUUAUUUUACCAUGUAUGAUCUACACUAUGUCUGAUUGUUUUUUUUUAUAGGCAUCCAUAUGUUUGGCUUAUUAGGGUGAAUCUUCUCCAAACAGCUAAAAAGAUGAUUAAUACGUAUUUCGUAUUUUACAUAAGCGCUACAUUCUUAUUUUGUUCUUGUGCUUACAGAAUGUUUAGCAGAUCUAGGAGGAGAGCUUAUAUAGGUGUAGAUAUUCAUUAAACCUUGAACACAGGAGAGCUGACAGAGGAACCACAAAUUGUAGACAAAACAAGCUCAACUGGCAAAUGGUAAUAUGUUUUCAAUUUGGCUUUUUGGACUAGCUUUUGCAGUUCCAUUGUCAGUUCUUCCUGGUUUAAAGGAUAACCCCAGUGUGCAUAAGGGUCAAUGCUAUUGUGUAUGUUUGGCAAUGGCAUUGGAUUGUUUCCACAUAUUUCUUUUUUUUUUUUUUCAUUUCAAGGCUUUAUUAAGGCAAAAAGUUGUAAUUACAGUUACAGUAGAACAGCAUUACAGUGAAGGUAUACAGGAGACUCGCAGGUCUCAGUAUAAUAGGACAGUGAUACAUAGGUUUUCACCUAUUUGGCCGUUUGCUUCUGCUGCUGCCAGCGGCCAGAUAGUUCAGACAUUUGGUUAACAGUUUUAAGCAAUCAUGUUGGAAUGUCACCGUCAGCAGGUGAAGGGCAGUUCGGGGGUUGAGUUGUAAAGGCAGAUAUUGUUGUUAAUAUAUGACAGGCAUCUAACGGCAAUACAAUAGCAUUCAUGGCACGUCACCUAGCCUUGUCAGACAGGUCAGUAAAGUGUACAGCUUUGUUGUGGUCUAUUUAAGGACAUAGGUCGCAUUGUAGAUUAUACAGUAGGAAUUUUGAGCUAUGUGGUGCAUUCUCUUAGUACAGCUAGCCUGCUGGAUGGGGUGAGUAUUGGAUGGCAACCACUCUUCGUGUGUUCAGUGGCUCCUGGGUUGUUGGUGGUGUGUCGGGCCAGUUUUCUGAUUUGGCAAGCCGAGUACGGCGUGCAGAGGUGGGUGGAGGGGGUGUGUGGGCAGCAGGAAAACACGGUUCUGGGAUCUCUGUCAGGUAGGCCUGUUCAAGAUCCGUUGGGGUGGGGGGCGGGGAGCAGUUGUCGAGGAGUGGGGCGUUUGGAGGUCGAGGGUCCGUCAGGAAGUUUUGUGCUGUGUGUUUGCUACGAGUGUCCCCUCUGUGCUAGUCGCUGUGCCUUAAUGUGUGUAGGUGGUGGUUGUGUGUGUGUCAUGCGUCAAGGUGUGGUCUUGUUGGGGUGCCACUUCCGUGUCUGGUGUCAGAAACAUAUUUCUUACUGAAUAGGGCUAAUAAACAUUUCAAAUGUUUGAAAUUGAAAUGACUGAAGGAAGAAAUGAAUUUUCACAUCCUACGACCCAUUAAAACUGGUGGAAAAUCCUUGUCAACCACAAAAAAGAUUACACAUUUAUAAAUAUAGGGGGAGGAGAAAAAGUCACAUUCAAUGUAUUGCCCAAAGGGCCAACAUGAAAGAAAAUUAUCAGGAAGAAAAUUAAUAUCAUCUAAACAUUAACCUGACAAAUGACUCCCAUCUGGUGAAGAAAAAAAAGCAGAUACCCUGACAAAAACAUGUGUGACCUGUCUAGCUAUCAUUAAUUGAAAUGAACAAUCCAAGCAGUGAGCUCAGUCCUGGAUUGGCCCGGGCACCUGGAGUUAUGACUGCUUACUGUGGGAUGGUAAACCAUCACAGUAGGCUGUAGUGGUUAUGGUGCUUGGUGUGUUCCUUUAAUUCUCUUUUUCCUUUUCUGCAAACAAAUAUUUUAUUGAACUGUUAAACCUCAAUUGGAGACCCAUAGCUUUACUUUUUGCUGCCAUUCUAACUGCUAUGGAAUGCGACUCACAGACACACACAUGCACACCUGGCAAUGAUGAUGUUUGAUGUAAUGUUAUUAGUAGAAAAUGAAAAGGGUAUUUGUUAGUUUGUGAUAGGAACAGGUUGUUGGAAUUCUAAUAAGCUGAUUCACGUUUAUUCACUCUCUUACUUUAGGAGUGUAUGAUAUUGUGAACAAUCUUGGCUCACUUGUGGCACGAUUCAUCUUUCUACCCAUAGAGGAAAGCUUCUAUGUAUAUUUUUCAAAGGUGCUGGAGCGUGGAAAAACUGUCAAGAGUCAACAAAAGGUGGGCCUGUAUCUACUUUUAAGAGCAAGCAUCCAUUAAAGGGACAUUCCAAGAACCAUAAACACUACUGUCUAUUGCUUUACAGUACAAGAAACUUUCACACUUAUCUUUUACAUCCAGGAUGUUCUUGUUAGUUUCAAAUUAGUCUCUGGCACCCAGGCUCCACGCCACAUCCACUGAUGUUAUUUAAUCGUGUAUCAUUUCCCCUAUGAGCCAUCCAACUACUUGUAAGCACAUGCGUGUCACAUGGAAUGCCUUACACUCAGUUAUAUGGUUUGGUUUUUUUAAAGAAACGUGACAUUCCAAGCACCAGAUCCAAGUAUGCUAUGAUUAACUAUGUUGACUAGGUGGAAAAGUUACAAAACUGUUAAAAUCUUUUAAUAGAACUAUUAAAAGGUUAAUAUUUUGGGUACAAUUUCAGUGUAAAUUUUGAUAUUAUAGACAAAUGGAAUUCAUCAAGUUACACAGAAUAUUAAAACAAAUUUGGCAUUUAGUGAAUAACCCUCUUUGUACAUGCAUAUUUGAUAUAAAAUGCUUCCUAAACUAAUUUUAUACAUUUACUCACACUUUGUUUUGACAGGAGGAGGUCUCUGCAGCAUCUGAGGUUCUAGAAUCCCUGCUAAAAUUAGUGACACUAAUUGGACUGAUCAUUCUUGCAUUUGGAUAUGCAUAUUCACAGCUUGCACUGGAUAUUUAUGGUGGAUCCAUGCUAAGCAGAGGUUCUGGUAGGUUAUUCUGUAGUCAUACAGGCUGCCAUACAUGCAGGCACAAUACUUGUUGGAACUAGUGGACUUUUCAUGGUGUAAGGUGUCCCAUGCUCCACACUUAUGCUAGGAGCUGGGAUGUGACAUUGUGUGGUAUGGGCCAGAUAGGUAGAACAGAAUUCCAGCAUCAGCAGUAAACAUUAAGAGCUGGGGAGCAAUCGGUAUAGAUUCUGAGGGAUUGCAAACUGAAACCACUACAUAAGUUCCAUAUGCCUGCAUGUAUGCCUGUCUGUAUCUGCAUGUGUGACUGUGCGUGUCAGUAUAUAACCGUUUUGGUCUCAUUAGCAUAGCGCUUGUUCUGGUCUAGAAGUUGAAGUCUGUCAGGUAGCGAAUAGCUAGGUGCCAAAAAGUUUUUAAUGAAACUAUAUAGGAGUAUGAUAAGCCACGGUUCCCCCCAUCUUUAUCCAAAUGCCAUGUCUCCAGCAUGCACAAUUUUCACAUAUGGUAAAUAGAGCGUUGUUCUAAUGACCAUUGUAAGACCACUUGGUAUGUCAGAGUUUCAAUCGCUAGCAUUUAGCUGUGAUGUCCGAACUUGCUAGCACAUGGCACGAAAAGGAAACAGGCACAGGGUUAUUCAACAAUGUUAUUAGUCCACAAUUACAAAGAAUUUGAAUUUGAACGUUUUAGCCAAACUGAACUGAAAGCAUAGCUGACGUUGAAUCCACUUGGUCUAUUUUAACCUGAAAUGACAAAUUCACUUUGAACUCCCAACAAUUCACACUUUAGCAAAUACCCCUGGCAGAGUCUGAUUUUACUGUGUCUGACAAUCCAAAAUCUAAAAAUCCAUGUAGAGCUUGGUAUUAUAGUGUGUUCUAAUCUCACACUGUCUGAUUUUUCCUAGGCCCAGUUCUGCUGCGCUUCUACUGUCUCUAUGUGCUCCUGCUGGCAAUCAAUGGAGUCACAGAGUGCUUUACAUUUGCUUCAAUGAGUAAGGAAGAAGUGGACAGGUAGGUGGAAUUAGAGGACUACUGGUUUGAAAUGCAAUGUAACACAGCUCUCAACCAGUGUCAGUAAUCAGGCCGCUUCUAUGACUGGCACACACACGACUGGAUAUUUAGAGACCAUAGUAUCAGGAGCUAUAAAAUAAACAAACUUGCCAGCUACAGGAACCCAUGUAUCAAAGAACAGCAAACACAAUAGGACUCAGCCUGCCAAUAGUACUCAUUAUUAUUAUUAUUAGCAGGUAUCUAUAUAGCGCAAACAGAUUCUGCAGUUGAUAAGCUGGUUUUUAAAGACCUAUCUUUCUUGCAUUGUUUUCUCGAGGAAGAUAUGUGCUGUAUAUAUUUGCGUUUUGAUUGGUCACAUUAUUUAUACGUGGACACUUAAAUAACAGCUAUGUUUUAUAUUAUAUGAAGCUGGAAGCAAUGGUUUUUGGUUUUUUUCACCUUUGACAUAAAACAAGAAAGUAGGGGUGAUUUUGCUGGGGGAAAUAUGAAAGGCACAACAAAAAGUUCAAUUGGCCACUCACACUUAAUGCCAACUUCAAGCUUUCAGAUCAUCUUUAAAGAGUUCACUCUCUUGCUUCAGGACCUGGACAGUCUCAGGAUCAUUUAUGGGAAAGUGCAAAAAUUGUAGUGCAAAUUUAAAAAUAAACAACAAAUUUAUUUGCUUACAUGUAAUUUUAAAACCGCAUAUGUAGAAGUGAAAAGCAUGGAAUUGUUGUCAGUUCUGUAGUCUUAUGCGUCUCGUCCCUCCAGGGACUUCCUCGUGGACACUGACUGCUCUUGUGUAAAUCACCAGAAUUUAACUUUUUUUAAACAAAGAUUUACAGACAAUUAAACACUAUGUUGUGCCUUUCUUAUUUCCCCAGCAAAAUCACCCCUACUUUCUUGUUUUAUGUCUGUGGGUGAAGAUUAGAGGAAAUCUUUGAGGUGGAAUCAUUGCUAAAUGGUGACCUGGAACUGCAUGUUUUAUUAUUACACCAGAUUUUUUAUUUCUUUUUGUGUUGUGUUUGUUAUUGUUUAACCCCUUAAGGACACAUGACGUGUGACAUGUCAUGAUUCCCUUUUAUUCCAGAAGUUUGGUCCUUAAGGGGUUAAAUUGUUUUGUGUGACUGUGGGAAGGGGGAAAAGAGAAAUAAAGUUUGAAUAAAAAAUGAUAUUGCACUAGAUCUGAGUUUCCCUGUCCCCUUCAAAUUAGAAUCAUCCCUAAAGUAGCAUUAGUUGCAAAGACGGUUGAAUUAUUGUUAGCAGCUGUUGGCUGGGAAUGUACCUCCCAGUCCUGUGUAGGUUGGGACAUUAUAUGCUGGCACUUAAACCUACCUGUCUUUUAAUAGUUUUUUUUCACAUUUUCAGGUAUAACUAUGUCAUGUUGGGUCUGUCUGCAAGUUUCCUUUGCCUCUCAUAUUAUAUGACCGUUUGGUUGGGAAGCGUAGGUUUCAUCCUGGCAAACUGCUUCAACAUGGGUCUCCGGAUUGCACAUAGUGUGCUUUAUAUCAGGAAAUAUUUCAAGGGAAGCCCUUACCAACCAUUGCGUGGUCUCCUUCCAUCCCCUACAGUCAUCUGUAUGUUGGGCAUCAGCACUGCUUUAACUGGAUAUUCCGAGGUAAGCACAAAACCUGUUCUUGUAGCUAUAGCCAUAUAGAAAUUCUUACAUAGGGUGUAGACUAUUCUUAAGGAGUGGUCAGAAUUUUGGAUCAUUCUGUUUAUAUUCUAUUGUCUUUGUGUAUGUGACAUGUAUUAUCGGAAAAUAAUGCCAUUGAGGCGUUUUGGACACAUCAGAAUUUUGACUAAGGAUCACAUGAUUAUUUUCCCCUUAUACAAAUACACACCUCAAGACUAGAUUUAGUUUUAGUGCUGGUAUUUGUGUUAUACUCAUGAUCAUGCUUUCAAUCUCUAUUCUGGUGUGUGGUGUCCUCUGUGCCUUAUUCCCUGUAUUGUGGGUUUGCCUACCAGUGUGUAGGGCAACACUGCCCAAUAAGUAGAUCUCUAGAUGUUGUAGAACUACAACUCAUGUGAUGCUUUGUCAUUCUAAAAGGCAUGCAAAGCAUCAUGGGAGUUGUAGUUCUACCAUAUCUGUAUAACUGCCGAUUGGGCAACCCAGAUGUCUGAGAUUUUGCUCUCAGCAGCUGCUAUGCAUUAAUUCAUGUUUAAGAUUAAAGGAGCCCGAGUACUAUCACUAACCACAGCUAUUACACUAAAUGUUCUAAAUAUAUAUAUAUUCAGCCUCUGCCAGGCUCUCACAGAUCUUAUGAAAGACCCUCCAUCUACUUAUGAUUUAGGGAUGGACACAUCCCCAGUUAAGGUAACGGUGUCCUAUUGAUAUUAACCUUUUAUAUACUAAAUCCCACACUGUUAGUAUCAUGUAUCCAACAUAUAUCUGGUUUCUUGCACCAAUAAAUACCCGCCAGGUUAUUUUACAAUUGCUUUUGCAAAUACUUCACACAAUACUGUAUCUGGUGCUUUUAUUUGAUUUUGAUGUACCAACCAUUGCCUGUUAGUGGUUUAUGAACCAAAGUUUCAUCCCUUUGCCCUGCUGUCCUCUACACUUAGUCAGUACCAAAAUUAAAUUAUAGUGUCCACUUUACACCCGGUAGCAAAGCCUUUAGGACAAAGGGUUGCUUAAGUUAUAACAUUUGUUCCGCAGUUGUACUGUACGGAUAAUACAUUUCUGUAACACGUGUCCAGUGCAGUGAAAUCACUGUAAAAGAAUCAAUAUAGAGUCAUAGUCAAGGGAAAAGGGAGUAAAAGAGAAACAGAUGUAUGUUCACCCUAGACUUACAGUGGAGAGUAGUGAUGUCCCGAAAGGUUCGCCGCGGACUCAUCAUUGAAAGCAUCCAUUUUGAAGCUGCAUUCUUAGUGAGCUGUCCAGGAGCUGGGAGGGUCUGGGAGGGAGGGUCUGCUGCUGAUUGGCUGGAAUGUGUCUGCUGACUGUGAGGUACAGGGUCAAAGUUUACUCAAUGAUGAGUCCGCGGCGAACCGUUCGGGACAUCACUAGUGGAGAGUCUUUAAUAAUAGGGCAGUUUCUUCUAGUAACUGUGAUAUCCUUAACUACAGACAUUCCAAAAAUACAGCUCUACAACAAAUCUACUCACAUAAUGUGUAAAAUAUCCGCAGGAUACCUGUGGAAGGAAGGGGGUUAUUUCAUGGUGAAGAAGCGGUCACCUAUAUCUGAUUUUGCAGCAAGGUAUACAUUUCAACUAACAGUGCUUCUCUGAUCAUUUUCAGGUGUUAUUCUGCUGUGAUCAAGGUUGGCUGCUCCGUGUGGCUCAUAUUCUUGUAGGCACUACAUGUAUCUCAAUCACUGCUUGUACUAUUGUACUGUCAGAAAGCAAACUGAUCCACUUUAUCCGUAGCCAUUUCCUGGCUGGCCGUUCCAAAAAGGGUGUUUAAUAAGGGUGGAAACUGGACAAUGCCGUGUUAUACUGGGUGUGUUUACCGAGCUAUCUCUCCUGUGGAUGUAAGAAUGUGCCAAGUGAACUGAACUCAAGAACUAAAAAUCACCACGUGUCAUUGUUCUUCCUUACUUGGGGUCAGCAAACUCUAACUUUGCAUACAGUGAUGAUAAAACAGAGUGUAACAGAAACAACUGAUACAGCAAGUUGUCAGAUCCUUGCCUACAGACACAGUGCAUCAUAAGAUACAGACUAUCCACGAUUACAGUGGAUCAAAACAGCUGAAAGACAUUGACUAUAUUGUAGAUAUUAUGGUGAAAGUUUUUGAGGGUGAAUUUUAAGGGGGAAGGGUUGAAAUCCAUUUGUGAGUUUUUUUAAAUAUGUGAACAAUGCGGGUUAGAAGCGUGUGGCUGAGGUGGACAGCCUUCAUUCAUAAGUAGAACAAUGCAGGUUAGAACAGUGUGGCUGAUGAGAUGGGUCCACAAAGAAAUUUUAAAGAUCUCAUUUGGGUGUCAGGAAGGUGAGUAGAAAAAGCUCUUUAGUACUCAAGACAAUAGAUGGUGACAGAGUGAAUGUGUAUGCUAUCUUGGGUGAGAGAGUGACAUGUUAAAGUGGCUCUGUCACCUUCUGGGGUCUUUGUACAUUUUGCAAAGACCCCCGAUGGUGACAUCGAUGCUCAGGCUGUGAUGGCCCAUGGGUGCAGCCAUGGUGAGUUGUCUUCUUUCUCCAAGUCCUAGAGCUUCAGAAUUAUGAGAUCUUUUGACUGUGUUGGAAUUUCAAUAUGUUUACAUUGUAGUUACAUUCAUUUUACUUAGGGAUACUAAAAUUUUGUAUUAACUGAAUUUCCCCUACUUUAAUGGCAAUUACAUUGUUUGGGGUUAAUUUGCUGGUGGUGUUCUGUACGACUCAGUGCACUCUUUAGUCCAAAUCAUUGGUCAUUGAAAUAGAGCAAUUCCAAACCACACGUUCUUCAUUGGGGAGACUUGAAUAAUUCAACAUUAGUAUGAGACAAAAUUGCUGACAUUUAUCUUUAUGGUAAUUACAUAGUUUGGCUUAAUAUUUGUUGAUAUUGUACUAUAUAACUGAAUGCAGUCUUUCUAAUUUAAAGGACAACUAUAGUGCCAGGAAAACACUCGUGCUGCCCCCACCCUCAGGGUCCCCCUCCCGCCGGGCUCUGGGGGAAGGAAGGGGUUAAACUUAGCUCUUUCUCCAGCGCCGGGCGGGGAGCUCUCCUCUUUCUCUCCGCCUCCUUUCCUCCUCUUUGGCUGAAUGCGCAUGCGCAGCAGGAGCUGCGCGCGCAUUAAGUCAGUCCAUAGGAAAGCAUUCACAAUGCUUUCCUAUGGACGCUGGCGUCGUCUCACUGUGAAAAUCACAGUGAGAAGCGCGGAAGCCCUCUAGCGGCUAUCAAUGAGACAGCCACUAGAAGCUGGAUUAACCCUAACAUCAACAUAGCAAUUUCUCUGAAACUAUGUUUAUAGAAAAAAGGGUUAAACCUAGCUGGACCUGGCUCCCAGACCACCUCAUUAAGCUGAAGUGGUCUGGGUGCCUAUAGUGGUCCUUUAAUGGUACAUUCCUGGGCCUCUAAAAGAGAGGAAACCCAGUUACAUGUAAAGGACAACUGUCAUCAAACUUUGACUUUUUCCCCGAAGUUUAUUACAUUUAAUGAAACUUAAUGAUCUGUUUUAAUGAUUUAUAUUGAAUUUUGUGAGAAAUGCUGCUUUUUUUUUAUCUAGUUGAGCGGCCGUUUUGGUUCAGAUUAUACAAUUCUCUACCCAACUGCUGCUAAACCUAGCAGCGGUUUUCUGUAUAAAUCCUUGUCUGUGGGGGCAACUAUAGCUAAGUUCUCUUGUCAGAAAUAAUGCUUAUCUGACCAAAAACCAUGCAUACAAUUAGGAAUAGAAAGGAAGCAGGAAAUCAGUAUCUUAUGGAGCUUGAAAUACGCUCCAGUUAUAUUUGUAAAAAUAAUAUAUAUACAUAUACACACACACACAUUUUUUUUUUUUUUUUAAAUAUUCCUCACUUGAUGAUGAGCUAGCCUUGGGCAACCAAAAGUAAUUUUAUUAUUGGUGGCUGUGCUACCAAGCAAAAUGUGCACUGUAAUGAUUUGAAUUUAAAUAUGAAGAAUCAUCAUUUGAAUUGUUCUAAAUGGUCUCAAUGCAAAUUUUGUGAAAUAAAAAUAUAAAAUAAAAGAAUGGCUAUUAUGUAAAUACACAAAUACAAC